AUGACGAAGCCCCACGCACGGUACAUGAUGGGCGACAGCAACGCCGUGCUCACGCGCCAGCAGAGCCACAUCUCGGCGCGCAGCAUCCACGGUGAGACCAUUGACCUCUCGCACGCAACAUUCGUACAUCCGACAACAGUCGUCAAGGUCUAUGCAAUCCUCGGCGGCGUGCGCAUCGUCUUGCCCCGGGGUGUACGCGUCGAGUCGAGUGGCAUUGGCGUUGCGGGCUCUUUCAAGAGCGUGGUCCAAGGCGACUCGCUUUCACUAGAAGCACCGCUCGUGCAGAUACGAGGUGUCUCGGUCCUCGGCAAAACCGCGCAUAGCGUCAACCACAACGCGCCGCCCGUCGCGAUGAUGUACUCGUUCGAGAAGGCGACACAUGCCGGGCAUCACCCCUCGCUGCGUUCGGCGGCCCGCGCGUGA